CGGCACUUCCGGCGGUGGCGGGCCGGGUCCUUGCCGGCGGUCGGUCGGUCGCCGCUUUCCCCGCGGGGCCGUGCGGCGCCGCCUCUCCCCGGCAUGCUGGGGCGGCCGCCCCCCUCGCCGAGCGCCGCCUCCCGGGCCCGCGGCCCCCCAUGUCCGCCGCUGCCCCCGCCUCCACGCUGCGGCUGCGCCGGACGCCGGGCCCCGGCUGGGAUGUGACCGGGCCCCGCCAACAAUGGAGGCUCAGUAUGAUGGCACUGAAGUAACUGUAGUGAUGGAGGAAAUAGAGGGCACCUACACCUAUGCAUCUCCAGUACCAUCUAAGAAGAAGAAAAAAUACAGAAGUCCUGGAGAUCAAGGGGAAAGGGCCAAAAAACCCAGAUCUGCUUACCUCCUGUACUAUUAUGAUAUAUAUUUGAAAGUACAGCAGGAGCUCCCCCACCUCCCCCAGUCUGAAAUUAACAAGAAGAUCAGUGAGAGCUGGAGGUUGCUCAGUGUGGCUGAAAAAAGCUACUAUUUGGAAAAGGCCAAACUGGAGAAAGAAGGAUUGGACCCGAACUCCAAGCUGUCCACUCUGACUGCAGUAGUUCCAGACAUUCCAGGUUUCCGUAAAAUCCUCCCUCGUUCGGAUUACAUAAUUAUCCCCAAAACCACUCUUCAAGAGGACAGGAGCAGGCAGCACCUAGAACUCUGCGUGGCACAGGGUCAAACAGCAUCUGAAGGAGAAACAGCUUCCACCAACAUCACGAGUGUUCCCCACGAUUCCAUGCAAAACAUCCUUUCUGUGGACUCGAGCCAUGUUGGCAUUUCUGAACAGUGCAUUGCCAUUGAAGGACUGACGGAAGAGACUGCCUCAUUUGGUCAGUCAGACACUAUAGAAGAAGUAGUUGCUUCAGAGAUUCUCUCUCAUUAUGUCAGACCCAUAGCAGAUAAAAUGACUGGAGAUAUCCUCCUGGAUGAGGCUUCUUUGGAAAUAGGAGAGGGACAUCCAUAUCAGACAACUAGUGUGGUUAUUGAAGAGACUCUGGUUAGCAGCUGCAGAGACAUCUCCAAUGGGAGCAUUGCUGUGGCACAACCCCAGGUUUCUGAUGGUUUGUCUGUGGUAACAGUGGUGACCGGGAGGGACACAGAUGAGAGCUGCUCCUCCAUGCCUACUACACAGUUCAUUAUGCUACCUCUCCCGGCUCACUCUGUUGUGGAGAACCCAACAGCAAUCAAACUGACAACCACUUACACCCGCAGGGGCCAUGGAAACUGCACCAAUCCUGGUUGUUCUUUUACUUAUGUCACCAGACACAAACCGCCAAAGUGCCCAAAGUGCGGGAACUUCCUGGGAGGGAAAUGGAUCCCAAAGGAAAAGCAACCAAAAGGCAAAGCUGAGCAGAGUUCAGGUGUCCCCCUCAAAGCACCGGGGGCUAAAAGAAGCCAGCAGCCAGUAGCCACAGAGAAGGCACCUGCUCGGGAAGAUGCCACCAAGUCUACUCUGGAAAGCUCUGAAGCUGUCAGCCAACUACUGAAUGCAGUGCCUAUUCAGGAGCAGAUACAGGAGACUGAAUGGGAAGAAGUGAUCAUCUCUGAGGCUCACAUCCUUGCAAACAGAGGGAAUGCAGCAGCAGCAACGCUGGCUAAAGAGAGCGAUGCGCAGGGCAACUCCUCCUUAGAGCAGCCUGAGAAAGACAGCAUAGGGAUAGGGUCACAGCCAUCUGCUGAGAUGACAAGUCCACUUGCCAGUCCAACCGCCACUGUAAAAAAGCCAAUGGGAAUUGAUGCUCUUGCUGCUGCACCCAAAGGACAAGAACUGAAGAGCAAACCAAAACCCAAGCCCUCCUUACUGGCUGCUGCGAGACCCAUGAGAGCGAUCCUACCUGCCCCUGCUAGCUUGGGGAGGGAAGCCCGCACAGAGCAGCUCAGUAGCCGACAGGGCUUUCCAAGUAAUGAUAAGCAUUCCCCUGUGAGAACCUCAGGCCUGAAGUCCAGUACGCUGAAGCAGUUGGGUCAGUCUGUCCUACAGCCAUCUAGCAUUAGUGAGCGAAAGCUCCACAGCAGCCCAGCCAGCAGAGCAUCUCAGGUGAAAGUAGUGGAGGUCAAACCAGACGUAUUUCCCUCCUAUAAAUACAGCUGCACCGUAACUUUGGAUUUGGGAUUGGCAACAUCACGCGGCAGAGGGAAGUGUAAGAACCCCUCCUGUAGCUAUGUAUACACAAAUAGGCACAAGCCGCGGAUCUGUCCCAGCUGUGGCUACAACCUCGCCAAAGAUAGAGCUGAGAAAACUGUGAAAUCCCUGGAGGUCAGCUCAGGUCUUCCUGAUGUGUUGAACACCAGUGAACCGCUAACACAGUCCCAGAAAGAGAUCCAGCGCCAAUCAACGCUGCAGCUGCUGCGCAAGGUAAUGCAAAUUCCAGAGAAUGAGUCGGAACUGGCAGAGGUCUUCGCACUCAUCCAUGAACUCAACAGCUCACGGCUCAUCCUGUCCAACGUGAGUGAGGAGACGGUCACCAUCGAGCAGACCUCCUGGUCAAACUAUUAUGAGUCUCCAUCUACGCAGUGCCUCCUCUGUAACAGCCCUUUGUUCAAAGGGGGACAGAAUUCUCUUGCUGGUCCACAGGAGUGCUGGUUGCUGACUGCUAAUCGGUUACAGGUGGUUACUUCCCAGGUUAAAGUGUGUCUGAAUCUGCAGUGCCUGGCCUUGCAUAGCUUCAUGGAUAUAUACACAGGCCUGUUCAACGUGGGUAACAAGUUGUUAGUGAGCCUGGACCUUCUGUUCACCGUCCGAAACCAUAUUAAACUUGGAGAGGAUCCCAAAGUGGCAGUUGGCAGUAUCCUGGAAUCUGUGCAGGAACAGACCGAGAAAACCCUGAGUCCUGAGGAGCUGAGUCAGCUCCAGGAGCUUCUGUGCAAUGGCUAUUGGGCCUUUGAGUGCCUCACUGUCCGGGACUACAAUGAUAUGAUCUGUGGUGUCUGUGGCAUUGCACCCAAGAUUGAGAUAGCCCAGAGGAAUGCAGAAAAUGUCCUGGCACUAAAGAACGUCGAGUUUACCUGGCCAGAGUUUUUGUCAUCCAGCGAGGUAAAUGUGGAAGAUUUCUGGUCCACAAUGGAGACAGAAGUGAUAGAGCAGGUGGCGUUCCCAUCUAGCAUCCCAAUCACCAAGUUUGAUGCCUCUAUUGUUGCCCCCUUCUUCCCACCACUGAUGAGAGGAGCUGUGGUUGUCAACACUGAGAAGGACAAGAACCUAGAUGCACAUCCGGUGCCAGGUAGUGGGAGUGCUUUGGUGAGGCUGCUUCAGGAAGAAUCCUGCAAACUGGAGCAGAUCAACUCUUAUAGUGAGGAAGAGCUGCAGUAUUUCUUGACACAGUGCAGCAUCCCCUGGGGGGCAGCAGACACGAAGGACCAGCUCUGUUACUCCCUCCUGGCUCUUUAUGACUUUGUUCAGAAUGGGGCAGAUGCCAAACAACCCCCAGUCCAUCACACAGGAGGAAAAAUCUACAAAGUGUGUCCACAUCAGGUGGUGUGUGGCUCAAAGUACAUUGUGAGAGGGGAAACUGCCCGGGACCACGUGGACCUACUAGUCUCCUCACGCCACUGGCCACCAGUCUAUGUGGUGGAUAUGGCUUCUUCGGUGGCAUUGUGUGCCGAUAUCUGCUGCCCUGACCUGACUGUCCAGAUGUGGGGGAAAAACCAGGGAUGCUUCUCUGAUCCUAUGGAGCCCCCAACGUGUGUAUCCUGCCCGGAGCUGUUAGACCAACACUACAGUGUAGAUAUGACUGUAGCUGAGCACUCUGUCCAGCACCCAGUCACCAAAUCCACAGCCCGCCGAAUUGUUCACACUGCGGCAGAGCAGAACAGCCAGAGUGGUCCAACUGCUCGGCACCGUUCCAUCUCACUGUGCCAAGAGCUAGAGCCUUACAGUGCCAUCAUCAUUGCCAUCAAUGACAGCAAAAUCAGCAGUGUCCGCCAAAAGCCCAUCACCUUCGACAACGCGACCCACUAUUACCUCUACAACCGCCUGAUGGAUUUCUUCACCAGCAGGGAGAUCGUGAACCGGCAGAUCCAUGAAAUUGUGCAGAGCUGUCAGCCCGGUGAGGUGGUGAUCCGGGACACGCUGUACCGACUGGGAGUGGCACAGAUCAAGACAGAAACAGAGGAGGAGGAAGAAGAGAACCAGGAAGAUGAUGGAGAGGUUGCUGAAUAAACCACUCUCAACUGGUGAUUAAUCCCUAUCUAACCAUGCAGAUGGCAUGCUGGGCUGCUGCAAGGUCUUGGCAGACUGGCCAGGCUUAACUGAGGUAGUGUUUUUUUGUUUUUUUGUUUUUUUUUUAAACAAAGAAGCUGUGAUACUGCUGACUUUGACUGCUUACACUGACCAAAGAGCCAUGUGCUUCCAGAGGAUCAUGAGUGCUGCUGUGAGCAUAAGUUCCGUUAACAUUCUUGCUUACAGGAUGGGAUUCCCUUCCAAGGUGCUUCUUGGACCCAAUGAUUUGUCGUGCAAUGGGCUGUUCUCACACAGCAGCUGGAUGGAGUGAAGGGGGGAUCCGUUUCUAGUCCCUGGGAAUGUCUGAGAUGGAAAAGUACAGGGUUGGGUUUUUGUUCCCCCGCGUGCCCCCGCCACCCAAUGGAUCUUGUUUGCUGACCUUGUUAAUAUCCUCAAUACAGGGUUGAGUGAGGGGGAGCAGGAGUAGACAGAAGAAAGGCGGAUGAAAAUGUCCAAGUUUGAAUGGAUUAGCAUAAUAGACUGACAUUCCCUUUUUGGAAUCACCCCUUCCAUCUGGCUAGGCAUUCAAAAGGAUCAUGUUGGGUGGCCUACAGCUUUAAAAUAGUCAUGUCUGGGUAGCCUCCCAGGAGGUGCUGGUGCCCAGGACUGAGUUAAGUAGUCACGAGGGGUGGAUGUUCCUUGUUGUUGUCCUGGGUUCAGUAACAGUGCAGUAGUGCAGGUAUUUAGCAUGUGGAGAGGUGUGUCUGAAUUUCUAGGACUGUUAGUCCCUUAACAGGAGGAGCAGCAAUAGUUAUGUAGAUGUUGCUGAUUAUCUGCAUUACCUAAGCAUUGAACUUGAUGGGCUGCCCUUGACUUGGCUAGCCAAGGGCUAACAAACUUCUUUAAGGACUGCUUUGAGCUGUCUAAGGCAGCAACAACUUAAACCAGUGAGGCACUCAAAUUCCACGCACUUCUUUUUGGGCACUUUAUUCUUUUAGCUGUUACAUCCCAUUCACGGACGUCAAGGAAAAUUCAUAUUUGUCCUACAAUUGGGGUUGAGUGGCAAAGGACAUCUGUGCAGCAGUAACGAGGCAAUGAAUGCAACAUAACCAGAAAGGCCCAUGAAGAGAGAUUUUUAUAAUCCUUUCUCUGCUGAGACUGUGGUUGAGGGGGCUGCAGCUUCUCUUCUUUCUGGGGCCUUUGCAAAGUGUGGUAACCCAUCCUGCCAUUAUCCCCACAGCGCUGUAAAAUUUAAAUGGGUCUCAUGCUAUCUAUACACUGCUCUCACUGUUUUCCUUUGACGAGACAGGCUGAGUCCCCCUUCCCUCCAGCAUAUUUAAACAGCAGCUCAAAUCCUGAUUGUGUAGCUGCUUGCAUUGCCCACUGACACCCUUUCUCUGCUGCUGGCCAUAAAUCUCAAAAUAUACACGUCUGGUCUGGCUCAAACAAGGUAGAAGGUGGGAUACUGGAAUGGUGGGAAUCCAGGAAAACGUCCAGGAAGGCUUUUCCUGGUGUGGUCAGAAGAGUGGAUAAGAGACUUGUGGUGUGGAUGAAAAUUUCCUUCUGUGAAGGGGAACCUACUGAGUACCAUACUGUAAACAUAAAUGUAUUAAGUAUGAGCAAAUGCAGUAAUUAUGGUUUGGGGUUUUUUCUGUUUAAAAAUGUUAAUUUAUUAUAAAAUACAUUAGUGACUUUUUUCAGUCAGUGAUAAAUUUUAAUAAAUUAUCUCCAAUUUUUUGGGUGAAA